CCAAUGCAUUCUGGGAUGUAGCAUGAAACACAAUGGCGGCGAAACUCAAUCAUUUGCAACUUUUUGUGGUUUAUUAUUCGCUUAUAGCAAUAUUGCUACAAAUUAGUCUAACGUGUGCUACAGAGUUAACGUGGGACGACAAUGGCUACAUUUUAUAUUGUCCUUGCAUGGGUCGAUUUGGAAACCAAGCCGACCACUUUCUGGGUUCUUUGGCAUUUGCAAAAAUCCUGAAUCGCACACUGGCAGUUCCCCCCUUCAUAGUGUACCGGCACCACGCGCCACCAUACUCAAAUGUACAUGUCCCCUACAGUGAGUUCUUCCAGCUGGAAGCCCUGACCCACUACCACCGUGUGGUAAGCCUGGAGGAUUUCAUUGAGCAGCUUGCCCCAACACACUGGCCUAAGGGACAGAGGGCAGCCUACUGCUUUGAGUCAGCUGCCCAGAGGAGCGUGGACAAGAAGUCCUGCCCCAUGAAGGACGGGAAUCCUUUUGGUCCGUUUUGGGACCACGUAGGAGUGGAGUUUGACAGGUCUGUCCUGUUUGACGGCCUGUCCUUCAGUUCCUACCACCAACCUCAUUGGCUCAACAAGUUUCCUCCGUCAGAGCACCCUGUCCUGGCCCUGCCUGGUGCCCCGGCCCAGUUCCCUGUCAUAGAGGAAUAUGUGGGUCUACAGCGGUAUGUAGUUUGGACGGAGAGGAUGGUGCAGGAGGGACAGGAACACAUUGCUGCUCUGCUGCCCAGGCCAUACGUGGCCAUACAUCUGAGGAUCGGCUCUGAUUGGGUUAAUGCCUGUAAGCUGCUCCAGAGUGGGGAUACUGGGCCUCACUUCAUGGCCUCUCCUCAGUGUGUGGGUUAUAACCGUCACACCGCUCUGCCCCUCACCAUGACCAUGUGCCUCCCUGACCUGGCUGAGAUCCGCCGGGCCCUCAAGCUCUGGGUCAAGAAAACCUCUGCCCGUUCUGUUUACAUCGCCACAGACUCAGAGUCCCACCUCGCUGAGAUCCAAAAACUCUUCAAGGAUAAGGUGAAGGUGGUGAGCCUCAAGCCGGACUCUGCCCAGUUGGACCUGUACAUCCUAAGCCAAGCUGACCACUUCGUUGGGAAUUGUGUGUCCUCGUUCUCUGCUUUUGUCAAACGAGACCGGGAUGUCCAUUCCCGUCCGUCGUCUUUCUUCGGAAUGGACCACGCUGGAAAAAUGUACAAGAAACAGGAGCUGUGAAGAUUUUCCGUUUCUGGGUCGUCCAUUCUGAAGAAAGAUGACAAAUGGCUUUUCAAUCUUGGAUGAGGACUUGGACAGUGCAUUGUGGGAAUGUGAUCUACUCCAUCCUCAUAUUACACAGUGGUGUUGUAAUACUUACUUUUUUAGGGGGGGGGGGGGGGCUCAGAUCGCCGUUCGCUGUGAAUAAAGUAACACUUUCAAUGCAUGUUUCCUGCAAAAGGUAGGUAAAAAAUAAAAAAGUUGCGUAAACUGCGUUUCCUUGGGUUUAGCCUCUAGUACACCACUGCUAUUAAACAAUCAGUUACACUAUUACAUAACUCUUCAGAGCAUCAAGAGGGUGUUCAAUUUACACAAUACGUUCUAUAGCCACAGCUACAUAUGUCUCAAUUUGCAUAGCAACCAAGUUAGCAGGAGCUCAGAUCACCCUGUAGGACCCUGGGUGGGUAAGACUUCCAGUGUAAUGUCCCUGUCUGAUCCUGUGAUCCAGCUCUUACGUGUUGCUCUCCCUCCCUCCUAUCCUUCUUUAAUACGAUGUAAAGGUGACCUGGUGGAUGAGGGUGGGAAAUAUCCCUCUCAGGAGUGUAGUAACUGAUCCUGCAGAUACUAGUUAUAAAGGGGAGGUUGACAGUCCUCCUACAUUUUUCUAAUGUACGUAUGUAAAUGAUUACUGUAUCAGCUUUUGUAAUCGGUUUCUAAUAUUUUUGAAGAGUUGUACCUGCUAGCUAGUUGUAUUACUGCUCUGUGAUGAAAAUGACUGGGAACAUGACAUUUAUGCAAAUUAACCCUAAAAUGUGAUGACUGAGCUUCCUCGGUUAGAUAAAUGGAGAAGAUUCAGGCUUCACUGUUGAAUACAUGUCUGUAGCCUUGAAUGAAACCAGUUAAUGCAUACUCUCGCUUUUGACAUGUUACAUUUUUCAAUGAAUUUCUUUGAAUAACA